CUCAUUCAUUCACUCACUGACUCACACACUGUGUCUCUCUCUCUAACUAUUACUCAGUCUCUCAGUUCUCUCUCAGUGUUAGACUGUUUGCCACAACUGUUGGCUUUAAUUAGCUUUUAGUGAAUUGACUGAACAUUUCAAACGCUUUUCACAAACUAAUCAAUUGUUUGCCAUUUAAGUGAUAAUCGCUUUAUCGACACAAAGAGUGGCCAAAAAUGUCUGAAACGGCGACCAACGAUACAACACCAAAGGAUGUCGAGACCAAAGAUCAGAAAAAUGGUGAUCAAAACGGAGAAGAAGAGAAAGACAAGACACAGACACCGCCUGUCAAAGAGAUGCGCGCUAUUGUGUUGACCGGCUUUGGAGGUCUGAAAUCUGUGAAAGUUAUGAAACGCCCGGAACCGACACUUUCAGAGGGAGAAGUGUUGAUUAGAGUGAAGGCUUGUGGACUUAACUUUCCUGAUCUAAUGCUGAGACAGGGAGUCAUCGAUAAUCCGCCCAAAACUAAGGCCCCAUUUAUUAUGGGCUUUGAGUGCGCCGGAGAAAUCGAGGCCGUCGGCGAAGGAGUGACCGGAUUCCGAGUGGGUGACCGCGUGGCCGCUUUGAGUGAGGCCAAGGCUUGGGCUGAAUUGGUGGCUAUAAAUACCAAAUAUGUAUACAAAAUACCGGCCAAAAUGAGUUUUCAGGACGCCGUGGCAACGACCAUGAAUUAUGUAGUCGCCUAUGCAUUGCUCUUUGGUGUCGGCAAUCUUAAGAGUGACCAAACAGUUCUCGUUCACUCAGUUGGCGGCGGAGUUGGUCAAGCAGUGGCACAAUUGGCAAAAACUGUUGGUAACGUAACAUUGAUAGGAACGGCCACUAAAGCUAAACAUGAGUCCAUACAAAAUGUUACACAUCUUAUCGAUCACACCAAUGAUUACAUUCAGGAAAUUAAAAAAGUUGCUCCCGACGGUGUUGAUCUUGUUUUAGACUGUCUCUGUGGUGACGAUGCAAACAAAGGUUACAGUCUGUUGAAGCCAAUGGGAAGAUAUAUUUUAUAUGGCGCCUCUAAGUUGACGACUGGAGAGACCAAAAGUUUAUUUAGUUUAGCAAAGUUUUGGUGGCAAGUGGACAAAGUUAGUCCAAUGAAACUGUUUGAUGAAAACAAGACCAUCGCUGGUUUCAAUUUGCGUCAACUCUUGUACCAACAGGGAAGAGAUGAAUACGUGCGCGACAUUGUUGACAAUGUAUACAAACUGUAUUCAGAGGGACAAAUCAAGCCAGUAGUUGACUCUACGUGGGCUUUGGAGGACAUCGCCGACGCCAUGCAAAAACUUCAUGAUCGCAAAAACAUUGGUAAAGUAGUGUUGGAUCCGUCUCAGGAACCUAUUCCUAGACCUCCCGAAGAAGUGAUUGAAAAGAAACGCAAAGGAAGUGCUAAAGAAAAGGAAACCAAAGAUAAGGACAAAGAAAAGGAUAAAGAAAAUAAAGAAAGUAAAGACAAAGUGGAGAACUCGGACAGCACUGAGAAGGCGCCAGAAAAUGGGGAUAACUCUAAGUAAAUGAUUUUUAAUAUCCGUUUCUUUUAUCUAUGCGUUGGAACAGUCAUUCUGCCAAUUAUUUGGAGUUUAUUUUCAUUUUUAUCAUAAUAUUUGAAUGAUUUUUAUGCCAAUAUAUAUUUAAAAUUGUUUUAAAAUGGUUUUAAUAUUACAAGUAUAUACAAUAUAUAACUUAACGAAAUCUAUUGAACAAUAUUUACAAAAAAGAUACUAAUCCUCUACGUCUAUAUUACAUCCCAUAUAUAAAUAUUGUAAAUGAUAUGAUAUAGUAAUUGAAUUAUUGGUUGAAUCUUAAAAUUAACAUUCCAUAUAAAAUUAAUGUAAAAAUUGAUGUAAAAUCGGUUCAAAUUGUUGUUCAGUGAUUGUCAAACAAUUUGUGAUCAAAUUUUAUUUAUUUGAUGUUUUUAAAUGUUUUAAAUGUCUGUUAAUUCUUAAAAAAACGAAACAAACAACAAUUACCACUAUUUCUAGUCUAUAUAAUCAUUCAUUAAUAAUAUACUCAAUUUAACUGAAACCCAUAUUUUUCUGUUAAACAUUACAUAUACGGUAUAUAUUUUUCUUGAGUUUAUUUAAAUUUCUAUCAAUGAAAAGAAACCAAAUUUUGAAUCAUUUUUAAAAAUAAAGUUUUAUCAUGUAAUACAUAUUAUUAUUAUUACAUAUAAGAUGUUUUGUAUAUCUAUAAAUAUUUAUUUUUUAUUGUAAGUCUAUAUAUUUGUAUUUUUAUUAUUGUCUUUUUAACAUAUUUGCCGGCAAUUGUUGUGAUCUUAUACACACAAAAAUAUAUAUACAUUUAGUUUCUAUUCAUAAAAUAUACACAAUUUAUAUAUUUAUAAAUACUGUAUAUUCUUGAGUUUUCUCUGUAUUUCUAUGUUUAUUGUAUACUAAUAUUUGUGAAGUUUGUCACCAAUUUUGAAACUUAAAUAAGAUUAUAAAGUCGUGAACUUUUAAAUUAAAUGGUGCUUAAAAUGGAUUUGUAAUCAAAUUAAAACUAC